AUGACAGUCACCAAGGGUCCAGCCAUGGGGGGGGAGGGUCGCCAAGGGUCCAGCUAUGGGGAGAGGGGUCACCAAGGGGACGGGGCCCCGGCCGCUGCCGCUGCGGCACUGGAGGGGCCCCGCACACGCCCCCUGCCGGACGGGGACACGCCCACACCCGCGGGGACACGCCCCCUGUCGGACGGGGACACGCCCCCUACCGGUCGUGGACACGCCCACAGCCGCAGGGACACGCCUGCACCCGCGGGAACACUCCCCCUACCGGACGAGGACACGCCCACACCCGAAAACCCCCUCCCCCGUAGAGGCACGCCCCCUACCGACCGUGGACACGCCCCCUACCGGAUGGGGACACGCCCCACCCGCAGGCACACGCCCCCUGCCGCUUGGGGACACGCCCACACCCGCAGGAGACCCCCCCCCGCAGAGGCACGCCCCCUACCGAACGUGGACACGCCUACACCCGUAAGAACACUCCCCCUACCGGACGAGGACACGCCCACACCCGCAACCCCCCCCGUCCCCCGUAUAGGCAAGACCCCUACCGACCGUGGACACGCCCCCUACCGUUUGGGGACACGCCCCCUACCGUUUGGGCACACGCCCCCUGCCGCUUGGGGACACGCCCACACCCGCAGAAACACUCCCCCUACCGGACGAGGACACGCCCACACCCGCAGGAGCCCCCCGUAG